GUUCCUGCAGGUGCAAUCACACUAGAUCUGAAUCGCUUUCCAAGAGGAGCCAAGUCUUCGAAAUUGUGCACACUCAGCAUGCUGAAAACCGAUGGAUCCGUUCCAAUGGUCAACAUAUUCAAACAAAAACGUGUCAAAGGGUGGUGGCCAUUCUUCGUGAAAAAGGAGAACGAUGAGAUGGAGCUUACGGGAAAAGUGGAAGCUGAAAUUCAUUUAUUGAGUCAAGAAGAGGCAGAGAAAAAUCCUGCUGGUCAAGGAAGGAACGAGCCUGAUCCACUCGACAAACCAAAUCGACCUGAUGCAUCGUUUAUGUGGUUUCUUAACCCUCUGAAAUCGAUCCGUUACAUCGUCUGGCACAAUUACAAAUGGCGAAUUCUCAAGUUCUUCAUCAUCAUGGGACUGAUAUUCCUGUGUCUUCUCUUCUUCUACUCAAUACCUGGCUACACUGUCAAGAAAAUCUUGGGAGCUUAGAAAUCACAAUCAAAAAGAAACCCCCGCAUUUAUAUAGGCCUAGUAUAAAGCACUGUUGAAAUCAUAGUUUAGGAGAUCAUUCCAAUCAAAUUGCUCUGUAAGAUUCCUGAGCUGGAAGGAACAAUAAGUGAGAAUACGCAUUAAAUACAAAAAAUACUGUUUAAUAUUGUUGAUGAGAUUUUUAGAGAUUAUUUUCUCAUUCAUAGAUUGUAAGUUGAAUAGUAAGCUACACAAAUUGAAGCUUAAUGAAAUUAUGAAUUAAAUGAGGCUCUUGUAAAUAUAAAUUUAAAUAAAACUAUGAUAAAUAUUUAUAAAAUAGUGAACUUAUACAAAGAUUGUACAAUCGAAUGAAUAAUUGAUUUUAAUCAAUCAAAAAAACUCUAGUAUGGAUAGAUCCAUAGAUAUAGUUCCUCAAAAUUUUGAUUAUCAGAUCAUGAAUAAUAAAUUACUGGUAUAGUUUUCAAUCGUGUUACUGAGGGCCAUAAGUACAACGUAUAAUUAUAUUAAGGAAAACAUGAUAAAUUAGCCAACGAAUAUUGCAAAUUAGAACCUAUAUUUUCUAUCGGAUUGCCAAAAAUGCAUCAAAAAUUGAAAAAUGAAUAUGGCCAUGUUGAUUUAAUGACCAUAUCCAGUGAGAGGCUUUUCAUAUCAGAUAUUGUUAUAACACAGUUCAGCACUCGCGCUUAUUUCAAGGGUAUUAUUAUUCAAGCAUAAUGAUUAUCAUACAAUAUUUUAGAAGCUGUUUAAAAUUAUUCGGAAAUUGAAUAAUGUAGGAAUUUUUUUUUAUAAAUAAUUUGAACAAUAAAUUUAGCAUUAGAAUAAUCUAGACUAUUACUUGAUCAUGGUUCAUGAUAUUGAGAUCUCUAGUUGAAAUUGAUAAUCCAGUAUGAUAGUUAUUGAAUGAAAUGUGUAACCUGAUAAUGAUAGGGUAAUAAUGAAAUUAUUUUUGCUCUGUGCAUUUAUAUAAUGAGUAAUGCGUACAUAUCACAUCACAUAUAGAGCUAUAAUCAGUAUAUUAUCCAUAACAGUACUCUUAUUCAACAUUAUAGUUUUAUUUGUAAAAUUAUAUUAUAUUUUCAGUUGUGCAAUUCACGCGCAGUGUACAAUAAUUGAGUAAUAAUAAUUAUAUAUUGACGAUGGUAAUAAAACUUGGCAUAUUUUUUACAUAAUUCAUUUAUGUAGGGUAGGUACUCGAGUUGGAUUAUAACUGAUAAUCAGGAGUAGUAUAUUCAUAUUCUAUAUUUUGUUUGAAUGUUGGAUGUUCCAGGAAAUUGAUCUAUUCUGGUGUUUAUUUGACAAAUUAUAAUAUUUACAUAAAAUCCCAUUCUGUCUUUCAUCAUUCACAAUGACUGUUUUCGCCUUGUAAAAAUCAUUUUCCUUGAUACAACUUUCAAUUCAAAAUCUAUAGUUUGUAGGCUAGAUAUACACUGUUUGCCUAUGUAAUAUUUCCUUUAUUGAUUCCAUGUUUCUCAAACCAUCUUUUCUGAACAGAAAUUUACUAUAGUUAAUACUGUUGAAAGAAAAUUCAUUCCAUUACUGUACAUAACCAUAGAGAAACAUUAGCAUAAGUAGAUAUCCCAUGGUAUAGGGCGCUUAUGUCGCAGCUUUUACUGUUAUCUCAAGCCGAUUACUGUUGAUUAUUGUCGAAUUAUACUGUUUUGUUGGGGUGAGAGUGUAUGAACGGCACAAUAUGAGAGACUACCAGUGUCACACAGCUUCAUGGGAAAGAAUUACGUACAUGAACUAUCUGCUUGAGAUAACAGUAAAAGCUGCGACAUAAACACCCUAUACCAUGGGAUAUCUACUUAUGCUAUUAUUUCUCUAUGACAUAACUUAGUAUUAUUAUAAAAAAUGAAUAAAAUAUAUUAAGGAUCUUAUUCGUGAUAUAUUUAUGUAAAUUUUGUAACUAAGAUCCAAUAUACAGUAAUAAUUAAAUGAAUUGAAUAAUAUCAACAAUAAAUCUCACUCUGUACAUUAGUAAAUUCUAGUGAAUCAAAUGAAAUCGCAUUAUAUGUGUCUGCUAAUUUGGAUUUACUAAUUCGCCUUCACCUUAUAAUAAUUAGAAUAUUUUAAAAUAUAGGUGAAUUUACCAUUAUGCUCUUAGAAUAGAGAAUUUAUCGAAAUCAUAUUAGAUUAGAAUUCUUCAUAACUACAACAAUAAUUAUUUCAAUGAUAUUCAAUGAAACGAAAUAAUGAUUUCUCAUUUCUAUAUGCGAGCUUCAACAUAACUACCAAUGAUUUCAAUGAUAUACGUUAUUUUUCACAAUAAUUCCAUUAGUUGGGAAAUGUAACACAACUAUUGUCAUAUAACUAUGUAGUUGAAUGCCUAAGACUAUAACACCACUUAUAUUAUAACCAUGUGGAGCAGGACUCUUCUUUGUGAUGCUGAAUUAAAUAAUAUUGUAUAAUAAUACUAUUUAUUAAUAUCAUGUAAAUAAUAUCUAGAACUCGAUGUGUGUGAGCUACAAGAAUUAUUGUAAAUUACUGAGAGAAUAUUGAAGUGAUAUAAUUGUAUAAAACUAAUGAGGAGCAUUGUAAAUAGUCAAAUAAAAUAUUUAG